UAAAUGUUUUUGGCUUUAUAUCCUGGAUCGAGAACUCGGGAUCGCUAGUAUGGCAGACCCUUGCGCUAUCUGCUAUGCCACGUUCGCUCUCAAGCUUCUCGUUUUUCAUCUUGGAGAAAGACUAGUGGAAUAAGAAACAUAUUGAAAGUUUAACAAUAUGGACCCAAAGAUUAAAAAAUAUCUUACUAACGAUACGAUAUUCAAUGAAAUAAAUAAACGAUAUAUAAGUUUGGAACCUAAGGAUAUAAGAGAUACAAAUGUGCUCUUAAAAACGGUUCUUCAAGAGUUAAUAAAAACUAUGCAAAUGCAAAACUCAUUGUUUAAAAAAACAUAUAAUAGAAUUGUGUGGACUGGUAGUUUUUAUAAAAAAACGAAGGUUGGCUCACCCGAUGAAUUUGACUUAAAUUUAAUUAUUCAAUUACCUUUCAAAAAAGCUAAGGGCAUGAAGUUUAACACAAACUUACCAGGUUAUACUAAAAUAUAUGACUGUGAAAUUGAUACAUUAAAUAUGGAUUCAAAAGCACUCCGAGAUAUGAUGUCAUUCAUUGAUGAUCAAUCGUAUUUAAACCAAGAGAAAUUCCGUAGAUGGUUUGAAAGCGUCCUGAGUUCAGCAGCUAAUAAUAUCGUCACCGAUAAAAAUAAUAAAAUCAACAAUUAUACUUUAAAAAUUAAGAAAUCGGGUCCAGCAUUUACAUUAUUGCUGCAAAUUUCUAAUCGGUCAGUCAGUAUUGAUUUGGUUCCCGUCUUAGCAUUUUCAAGUCGCUGUUAUGCACCGCCAUGCACUAGAACUUAUACACAAGAUUGCGAUAGAUACUGGUUCCUGGUUCCUAAACCAUUAAACAAUAAAAAAAUUUUCGGUGCAGAACAAAAUCGUUACUGGCGAUUAAGUUUUUAUGAAUUUGAAAAAGAUAUUCUGUCUAAAUACGGACGAGCUAAACCAAUAAUACGUCACUUAAAAAAACUCAGAGAUAAUCAGAAAUGGAAAUGUAUUGCCAGUUAUUACAUUGAAACGUUAUGUUUCCACCAUCUACAUAUCUUUGAAACAUCUAACAAAGAGUCAUCAACUUUUUUAUUUUUUACGAUGUUAAAAAAACUUUAUGAAGCUUUCUGUGCCCGUUGCAUAGAAUAUUAUUGGGAUAAAAACUUAGAUUUAUUGGAAAAAAUCGCUUAUGGUGAAAUGGUAAAUAUGGAAGACAACCUAUUUAAUAUUAUAAAAAAGAUCGAGAAGCAAAUAAUGGAGAAACCGGAUGACCCAUUCGCAAUAGCUACAUACAUUU